UAUUUUGUAUGUUUGUGCCAGGUUGAAAUGUUUCACUGGAAAUAUAUACAUUGAACAUGUAUUUCCUGUGAGUAAAUUUUAGUCGACAAAGCGUGGGAAUGUUCCUAAAAUGCACUUAACAUAUGAAGCAUAAUGUCAACUGCACCUGUGCUCUAAGCUGAAAGUGACACUUUGCAGGAAAAAAUUCAUAUGUGUAUGUCUUCCUCUUUCCAUAAAUAAAUAGCACAUUUUCUUAUCUGUGUUUUCCACCACACCUUGCUUGACUUUGUCUUUAAUUUGUGUUCUCAUCCCCUCCACCCUCCACCCUCCACCUACCCUCAAAGGGCUGCAGCGAGCGUUCUUUACCACAUUUCAUGCAUCACCCACCCCUUCUCUCGUUUUCUAUCUUUCCUCUCAAACACACUCACACACACACACACACACACACACACACACAAACACAUACACAUGCUGUUACACAGUUUAAAACUACCUUAAAUUACACAAGUGAGUCUCUUUACAGUGUUCAUGUUCUGGCGCCAUCAACUUUUUCUUCUGCUCACAACUUUGGAAACCAGCAAAGCUGCGAGCGGUCUGCUAGCUUCCUGUCACCCCAGACGAUGCACACAGUUUACAGUAAAAAAAGAUAAAGGCAACACAUACAUACUUCCUGUUUCAUCUGCAGCAUCCUGAACACAUACUUCCAAUGGAUCUUCUGAUGAAAACUUAACAACUGCUUUGAGUUUGACUGCAACAUUUUGCCUGAAACUGUGACACCAAGCCAGUGGGACUUUUCUGCUCAACAGAGUUUUUUCUAAAGCGGCAUGGCUGACUCUACAACAACUGGUUCAUCCUCCACUAAGACUGUGCUGAUCCUUUUUUUCUGCCUAAUGGGCUUAAUUUUCUUGUUGAUUUUCUUGUACAAGAAGUUGAACAGGGAGGCCAAUGGAGAAUAUACUGUGCGGCGCUUGGUGUAUAAGGAAGGAGGGAUCAGGGACCGGGUCAGAGGUACAGCUUUAGCUCUAGGGACACGUCUCGGAGUCCAGCUGUGGCCUCGAAGUGAUACUGGGGAGGAUGAAGAGGAAAUGCAGGAAGUCCGAUUUGAGGAUGUAAAGUCGGAUGAGGGUGGUAGCCAGGGGAGUGUCAGCGAUGGAGAUGACCAGGAGGAGGAGGAGGAGGAGGAGGAUGGAAAAGGAGAUGACACUUCAGAUGAUAACUCAAGUAUGGAGGGUUCAGAGGCAGGGGGGCAAGCCAGGCCACCAAUUCAGGAAGAGGCAACAGAUCAGGAAGAGGCAAAGCGAGACGCAGAGGAGAAAGUGGGAGGUGAGGAAGGUAAAGGUGAAGCAAGUGGGGGGGCUGGAAUGUUGGUAGAUAUAAAGUCGUUCUCUGGUAGUGCCAUCUGGUCUGAGGAAGAGGCAGGUAAGGGCAAGGACAGUGAUAUGACUGCACUGUGAGAACCGAAUUUAAAAAGAAAAAUUAAACACAAGGGAGGCUUAGGAAAUGGUCUUAAACAGUACUGAGGUCAUGAGUCCAAAUUCCCUAAUUAGCUGUUAAAAUAUAUUUUUCCGUAAAUUUUAUUUCCCAAUAUAAGUGUUCUGAAGGCUGUUCCACACUGGGAAGGCCUAAAAGUACUGGAACCACCCUAAAACACAGACAACUUUCCA